AUGCCAGAUCAAGGUGCUGGCCUACCUUGGCGCGAACCUCCACUGAACCAUGAGCAUCCACAACACCCUCAGCCGGUCUCACAAAAGCUGCUCCAGCACCUCCCAGUGGAACUGUUAUCAGAGAUCCUGAGCGCCUUUCCAUCGGCUUACCUCUUAUCCAUUAUGACCGUCAAUAAGAUAUUUCACGCAGUUGCCAAUGAUAUUUUCCGACUGCGCAUAAUAAACACCCCUCAGCAGCUUGAGGAGCUCCAACUGGUCCUGGAGUGCGGUGAGCCAAGCGAAAUAUUAUCAAAUAUCCUUUGCCAAUAUCAGGGAAUGCGGGGGUUAGACGUGGACAACAGCCUUCCACAGCGGCUGACGGACGUAUACCUGGUCUUCAAACCGGAGGCACGCCCUGUUGAAAGCUCUCCAAUCGAGUCUCUCCCAGACGAUGAAAGCCCGACACUGAAGCGGCUGCUUUACUUGAGCGUCUUUGAAACAUUUGGUCAAUUUACCGCGACGUUGAAGCUGCCCUGGACUCCUGGUCGAUUCUUUGUUCCUCCGCGCAGCGUUGUGUGCAACAAAACUCUUCGUCUGGGAAGGAAGUGGUUGGAGAACGGCGAGUCCAGAAUCUUUUGGCUCGAUGAUGCGGAACAUGUUGGAAUUCGUCUCCGUGCUCUGCAGUUUGAUGCGCUUGAGUUAGAAUAUACACUGGACGAGGAUGAGAACAGCUGGGAAGUGAACGUGGAAGAGAACCUCGGUCGACCGGACUAUGGCUUAAUGAAUGGAUGGUAUCUGUAG